AUGGCGACUUCUAAAGAUUAUAGUAGAUCAGUUAUAGCAGCCUCUGAUGAACUAAAGGAUAUUUACUGUGAACCUUGUGCUGACGAUGGUAAACAAAUUGAAGCUGAAGGAUACUGUGUGGACUGUUCCGAGUAUUUGUGUGGACAAUGUUACAAACACCAUACAAGGUAUAAAGCUUUCAAACACCAUGUCCUUCAAGAUAAAGCUAAUAUGCCACUGGAUGUAACAAAAUCUGGUGGUGCUAGAGAUGUCUGUGUAGAAAAGUGUAGCCUACAUACCACGAAGACCGUUGAGUAUUUCUGUAGGUCAUGUGAUACACUUGGAUGUAACGCUUGCAUUACUGUGAAUCAUCGUCAAUGUGAAAAUGUGGACCACAUACCUGACAUUGUUAAGAACUUAGACACAAGCGAAGAAUUCAAAGAAUUUUCAAACAAUCUAGAGAAAAAGCUAGAAGCAGUUAAAAAAAGAAAGAAAAAGCUUGUUUCAAGUACAUGUGAAACAGAUGAAAUGAAGAAAAUGGCAAAGGAAGAACUUAAAAGGCAGCGUCAUGAAAUAAACAAAUUCUUUGAUCAUCUUGAAGCUGAAAUGGAUAGGAAAAUUGAAGAUACUGAUAAAAAUAACAAGAAAACAUUGAAAGUAGCCACAUCCAUGUGUGACUCGAUCCACGAUGACCUAAAGCAAAUAAAAUCUAGUACUGAGUCAAAACUAAAAUCUAAACAAAACUGUGAAUUGUUUAUAACUAUGAAAAAGUCUAAACAAAGUAUAGAAAAAGUGGACACAGAUUUUGAAAAGUUGAGAGAGGAAAGUAGAAUACAAAGAUAUGCACUGACACUUUCCCCUAAAAUAAAGAGCGUUAUAAAGAACACGUCUGAAAUCUGCAGGUUUAGAACUGCAAAUUUUGUAUCAGAGACAAAUGUCAGUACUAGCUAUGACAACGCAGAGGUCAGUAUUUUCGGAAUGACUGCAGUUAGAAGUCAUUUCCUUGCGAUAAUUGACAGUGGAAAUAAUUCAGUUAAAGUGAUUGACACAAACAAUAUGAAAGUCCAAUAUGAAAUGGACUUAAAAUGUGAACAUGUUUGGAGUAUAACAAAUGUGAAUGAUGAUCAAGUUGCAGUGCUUCUAACUUCCGGUAGGGAGGAUAAAAUCCAGAUUCUGGCAUUGUCAGUUUCUGGUUCCAUUAGUAAAGGAGGCCAAAUAAAAGUUGAUGGUUUACCUAGAGGUGGUCUGGCAUUUAAUAACGGUAAAUUCUUAGUAGUCUGCUAUGAAAAAGUGGAAGUCAUCGACAUGCAAGGGAAAACCUUGAACACAAUUAACACUGAAUAUUCAGAGGGUAUAGCAGUGUGUCCAAACCAAGAAGUUAUCUAUCUAACAAAUCCCAUUGAGCAUACUGUAACAAGUAUGACCUUGAAUGGCAAGGUCACGGCAGUGUAUAAAGAUGAAGAUCUUAAAUCUCCAGGCAGUAUAACAGUAGAUAACGAAGGUUUGGUAUAUGUUCGUGGUGCAGGAAAUAUCCAUCAGCUGUCAACAGACUGUAUUAAAAUUCAGGUACUGCUUGAAGAUGUGUAUGGAACUUAUAUCACAUUUUCCAGCAACGAAAAUAGGAUAUAUGCAAAUUGUGGUAAUUCCAUUCAAGUGUUUCAGAUGGAGAAAUGA